AUGAAGAUGAAGUAUAAGUGUAUUUAUGAAUUAUUAUAUUCAGAGACUAGUACAGAAUGAAAUAUAUUAAAAAAGGUUUUAUCUCGAUUUAAAGUCAAUCUUCUCAUAAAUUGGCUUACUAAAAUGCACAAAUAGGUAAAUUAUUGAUAUUCAUAUAUUAGAAUUAGAUUACUCAUUACCUAAAAAUACUGUUGAAGAAUUUAUGGAAAAUUUGUCCUCUCCAUAAUGUUUUAGGAUCUUUUGA